AUGGUCACUGCAGCGGAGCUGCCCAGCUUCAACGCCACGUCUGGUUCGUUCUCGGACAUGAAGGGGAACCAGACGAGCCGAAUGGGCCACUUCCGGCCCGUCUACCGGCAAAAGAUGAACGCCAACGACGAGUUCAUUGAGAGCGGCGAGUACCUCUACUACAUGACCGACCUCUCCAAGGACAACUGGGUCAUCGGGCCGGAGCCAGGCGGCAUCCUGCGCGGCAUACAGUCGAGCGGGAGCUCGGGCGCGCACUGCCCGAACAUGGCGAUGGGCUGGGUCGGCGCGACGGGCGGCAAGGAGAACGGAGGCUGGUCGCCGCCAGGCGGUGUCAGCGUCGCGCCCAAGUACUGCGGCUUCGAAGGGCCAAAGCUGGUGCGGACGCCAGAUACCAAUUAUCUGCACAUGGCCGCCAACUUCCGCCUAACCGACCUCCCGAGCCACCCGCGUUGUGGCUUGUCCGAGGACUGUCCGAGAGGCGUGGCGGCUGAUGAGGCGGCGCCACAGGCGCGCGAGGCGCGCCCACGGCGCAAUGCACGUUGA